AUGGUAUCCAGCUCGUCGCUCUCAGAUAGCCGGGCGAAGGCAGACGUGCUGGUCGGCAAGUCGUCGCCUCGACUGCGCGCCAACGUCUUCGCCUCCAACACCGGGCAUCAAGCUCCUCAGGACGAUGUGCAUCCUCGGGGCCCGUCGAGUUCUAAGCAACGCGGAUGCAUCGACGACACGACCGUAUUCUGGGACCAUGUCAAGAGCAACAAACUUGGCUGGAGCGUGGCAGGUGGUCUGGCGUUCUUCGCUUUCGUCCUGCUGUUCGCAAAGGCUAGCAGCACCUACGACGACGUACCGCAGAUCAGCUAUCUGCCAUCGAUCUCCUCGGUCUUCGAGACGACGAUCGUAUCCAUGGAAGACGUCAAUGCUGCUUGCGCGCAGGCGGGCAUUCACCCCAUCGCGUGCAAGGUGAAUCAUGCAGCCAAGCUCGCUUCGGAUCUGCGUGCUCGGCAGUCCAAGACGCCGGAGCAAGCCGUCCAGGCAUAUAGGCGUCGCUACCUUCGUUCUCCGCCGCGCGGCUAUGAGAAGUGGGUCGAAUUCGCGCUCAAGCACAACGCCACCGUCAUCGACGACUACGACCAGAUCGAGGUCGACCUCAGCCCGUUCAGGCAGGCGGGUAUGCGCGGCAAUAAGCUCAAACGUCGUAUCCUCGACGCUAAAACUCGACUUCCCGGCUACGAACUCGGACAGGUGGGCGUCGUCAACGGCAACGCCGUCGCAUUCGGUCCCGACUUUGGACCGCUCUCGGCACAGACGCUCAUGGAGAUCCUUACUCCCGUCCAGCACCUGAUCCCAGACGUCACGGUUCCUUUCAACUGGUACGCCGAGCCCAGAGUGCCCCACCCAAGCCAGGCUUCUAGCAGUGGCGCUGUUCGAUCCAUCAAUACUAGCCACAGGGAUCCCACCGCGAUCCUGCGUCAGGCGUGUCCGUCCAACCACAUCUCGCCUGGACGACCGUGGAACGAUCUCGACCCCCCCAUCGACUACUGUGGCGAAGACACCACCGAGCUCAGCGAGCUCCACGGCUUCUUGCAAGCACCGGACAACUUUCACCCGUUCACCAAGCUCGUCCCCAUGCUCUCGAGAUCCAAGCUCUCCAACUUUGCCGAUAUCCUGGUUCCCAAUCCCUGCUACGGAAGUGAAGUGUAUCGCGGCCUGCCGGACAAUAUUCCUUGGGAGAAGAAACGCGACAGCGUCUACUGGCGAGGGUCGACGACUGGCGUCGCUCAGACUCCCACCACCUGGGCGAGGGGUCACCGACAUCGUAUGAUGCGCUACGUCAAGCAGCUGCGCGAAGCAGCCAACCGCCUCAACAACGGCGCGGAAGUGGAUCCCAUGGACGCGAUCUAUGGCUCGAACCGCACAAUCGCACCUUCGCGCAAGUCUGUCAAUGUCGCUGGCAACACUCUGCCGCUCUUUGACUACACCGACCGCCCCGUCGCUGAGGCUGUGAAGCGGCUGGGUUCCGAGGCGUUCAACAUUUCGUGGUCGCGCUUUGUGCUUGCCGACGAGCCGACGCUGGCCUCGUUGAUGGCCAAUCAGGUGACCACGGGUAUCGAGGAACGCAACGACGUCUACCUGCACAAGUAUCUGCUCGACAUAGAUGGCCAGUCGAUGUCGUGUCGAUUCUACCAGCUGCUCAGCUCCAACUCGCUUGUGUUUAAGCAGACCAUCUGGUCCGAGUACCACGACGAUCGCCUUGUCCCUUGGAUCCACUACGUCCCCAUCGAUCUGCGCGUCGAGAACAACGAGCUGCCAAUGCUGCUCGACUUUUUCAUCCACCAUGAGCAGGGACCCAAGACUGCCGCCAAGAUCGCCACAGCUUCCAAGGAGUGGUCCGACGCAACGCUGCGCCAGAUCGACGUCUCGCUCUACUACGCCAGGGUCUUGCUGGAGUUUGCAGAGCUCUACCACCAGGAUUCGUGA